AUGCAGUGCACACACACAAUAGCUAUCAAACACAGUGAGGGGUUGCCUACUCUAGCAAAAGUCGACUAUGUGACCUACCUUUCCAUUGCUGAUCGGCUCUUUGAAAUAUCAAAGGAUAAGAAGAAUGCGGAAUAUAGACGGUAUCUGGACCUAAUACUAAGUUAUCUGCAGGACUAUGCGUCAAGGGUCAAACCAAUCUUGGACUUUGCAGAGGAACUAGAUAAGGUCAAGAAAGAGUUUGAUAUUCAGUGGGAAGCAGGUACUUUCCCUGGCUGGCCGAAAGAAGCAGCGAGUGCUAUGACCCAUGCUGGUGCUCAUCUUGACCUGUCUGCCUUCUCAUCAUCAGAGGAGUUGGCCUCGCUUGGUCUUGAUCGUCUGAAGUCAGCCCUGAUGGCGCUUGGGCUGAAAUGUGGUGGGACCCUGGAACAACGAGCCCAGCGUCUCUUCACUACCAAGGGGGUCCAGCUUAAUGAACUAGACCAGGCCUUGUUUGCUAAGAGUAAACCAGGCAAAGGAACUAAAGCUGGCAAGAAGGAUGCCGAGAAACAGAGAGAUACAGCUUUCUUAGAAGCACAAGCAUAUUAUUUCUUUGAACUUCUUGGGGAGCAACGGCAAGCAACGAGGGAGAAUGUUCAGAGGAAACAAGCACGGACUGGAACAGAACGAGAGGAUGAAGAUGAAGAACACUUCUCAGACAGUGAUAGUGAUGAUGAAGAAGAAGUCAUCUAUAAUCCAAAGAACCUUCCACUCGGAUGGGAUGGAAAGCCUAUUCCAUAUUGGUUAUACAAACUCCAUGGGUUGAAUAUAUCAUACAGCUGUGAGAUUUGUGGAAACCAAACAUACAGAGGACCCAAGGCAUUUCAGAGACACUUUGCAGAAUGGCGUCAUGCCCAUGGUAUGAGAUGUCUUGGUAUUCCAAACACAGCUCACUUUGCCAACGUCACUCACAUUGAAGAUGCCCUUGCAUUAUGGGAAAAACUGAAGAAUAACAAGGCAUCAGAGAGGUGGCUUCCAGAAGCAGAGGAGGAGUUUGAAGACACCAUAGGAAAUGUUGUGAACAAGAAAACCUUUGAAGAUCUUAAGAGACAGGGUUUACUUUGAAGCUUUGGAGACCUCAUCUCAGAAAGUUUAGACUCACCUCCCAGUUUCUUUAAAGGACAAGUCCACCCCAACAAAGAGUUGAUUUGAAUAAAAUGAGAAAAAGAGACAAAAAUCAUCGAAAUCGGAUGUAAAAUAAGAAAGUUAUUACAUUUUGAAAUUUCACUUAAUUUCACACAACAGUUAUAGGCACAUCCUGGUUGGUAUGCAAAUGAGGAGACUGAUGACGUCACCAACUCACUAUUUCUUUUGUAUUCUACUAAAUGAAAUAUUCUGACUUUCUCCCCCUUGUCAUGAGAAAUCGAGUUUUUUGGAAUUAACGUUCUUUAACAUUAUAUGGUUCAGUCAAGUAUUACAUUAUUGUCAAUUCUGAAAAAAAAAUCAAAUAUUGUAUAAUUCAAACAAUU